GGUGUCUGAGUGCUAACGCUGAAAUGCAAAUGCGCAUCUCUGAGCGACGCAAACGAAUCAGCUGCUCUUCCCAAAAAAACACCCCGACAUGUGAUCAUGCAUCAAACAGGAGCCAGCGGGACUUUAUUCUAAAGGGAAUACAAAUGAGGAAAUAACCAAAUGUUUGGAGCAGUUCAGAUUUUUUCCAUUGUUUCAAAUCAGUGUAAAUAACCAAACAGCGACGUUUUUAGCGGUGACCGUCAAGACACACCGUUAAUCUAAACCUGUACCGACAAAAAAAAAAAAAAAAAAAAAAAAAAGACAAAUGAAGAAAGUGUGAGACGGACUAUUGUUGUCAAACAAACUGACAGACGUGGUAAAAUGGAAAUAAGAAUCCACAUCUGUGUCCUAAUCUGUUCGAGCUGAAGGUGGAGCAGCAUUUUGGGGGGCUCUCUCUGAGGCUACUGCUGUCUUCUGCAACGCAACGAGGAGGAUGGUCUUUGCCCUACAUGUGAUUGUCAUGUCUUCAGCGUUUUUCAAUCCCAGUUUUGCCUUCAGCUCCCACUUUGAUACAGAUGGGGCUCCGCUGAGCGAGCUGUCGUGGCCUUCGUCCCUGGCGGUGGUCGCUGUCUCCUUUUCUGGCCUCUUCACAUUCGUCUUCCUCAUGCUGGCCUGCCUCUGCUGCAAGAAGGGAGACAUUGGCUUUAAGGAGUUUGAAAACACUGAGGGAGAGGAGUACCAGGCAGAUCUCUCCGCCCUGGCCUCGCCUUCCUCGCAGAAUGGUCCUGAGGUCUACAUCCUUCCACUCACCGAGGUGUCCCUGCCGGUCUCCAAACAGCCAGGCAGAUCCAUUCAGCUGCUGAAAUCAUCGGACCUUGGUCGCCAUAGUCUACUCUAUCUGAAGGAGAUUGGACAUGGCUGGUUUGGCAAGGUUCUGCUGGGAGAAGUCAAUGCGGGCCUCAGCACCACCCAGGUGGUGGUUAAAGAGCUGAAGGCCAGUGCCAGUGUCCAGGACCAGAUGCAGUUCCUGGAAGAGGUGCAGCCAUACCGAACGCUCCAACACCCUGCCCUCCUGCAGUGUCUGGCACAAUGCUCAGAGGUCACUCCUUAUCUGCUGGUCAUGGAGUUUUGCCCUCUGGGCGAUCUGAAGAGCUACCUCCGCAGCUGUCAGGUGGCCGACUCCGAAACUCCCGACCCUUUGAUCCUCCAGCGAAUGGCGUGCGACAUUGCUUCAGGGCUUCUGCAUCUACACAAAUACAACUUCAUACACAGCGACCUGGCUUUGCGAAACUGCCUGUUAACCUCAGAAAUGUCAGUUAAGAUCGGAGACUACGGCCUUUCCCACAGCCGAUACAAGGAAGACUAUUACAUAACGCAGGAUCAGAUCUGGGUGCCCCUUCGCUGGAUUGCCCCAGAGCUCAUAGAUGAGGUCCACGGAAACCUGCUGGUGGUUGACCAAACCAAAAACAGCAACAUAUGGUCAUUGGGUGUGACUGUGUGGGAGCUUUUCGAGCUGGGAAACCAGCCGUACAGACACUACUCUGACAGACAGGUGCUGACAUAUGCCGUGAAGGAACAGCAGCUCAAGCUUCCCAAACCGCAGCUCCAGUUCCCCCUGUCUGAGCGCUGGUAUGAGGUGAUGCAGUUCUGUUGGCUGCAGCCAGAGCUGAGACCCAGUAGUGAGGAAGUCCACCUCCUGGUCACCUACUUGUGCGCUAAAGGCUCCAGUGAGGCUGAAGAAGACUUUGAACAAAGAUGGAAUGCUUUGAGACCCAAUUUGCUUGGCAGUAGCUCCCACACAGCUACAUCCGCGGCUCUAGUUCUUACCCCCACACCUUCCUCAGCAGAAGUACCGGGCGCAGACCAAACUCAGGUGAUGGAGCUGGCCUCCUCUGCCUCCUCCUCCUUUCCCCUUUUGGAGCACUUUUCUGACAGUUUCCACUCUGACACAGGGGAUGACCUACUGACUGUCACAGAGACUAGCCACGGUCUUAAUUUUGAGUACAAGUGGGAGCAGGCCCGAGCUGAGCAGCCCUACUGCUCCUCCUCCACCAGUGGUCCACUAGGCCAGGGGAACCCACAUUACCAGGACAUCUACUAUUCAAGCAAAGAGGGCACCUCAGGGGGCUGCAAGACGGAUAGUCUGACAUCAGGCAACUCUCCGUCCUACUACGAAGCUGAACAUCCAGGUGUGGUUCCGGUGUUGAGCGCCCACAGCCCCUCGGUCAGCAGUGAGUACUACAUUCGCAUUGAGGAGCCAGUAGAGUGCAACAUUAACCUGGAUGACAACAUGGUGGACUACAGCCCCGGACUUGAAGCCAGCAACAGUAGGCUGUCCUCUGAGACUCGGACAGGGUCAUCCAUGGCACAUCCAAGCGCAUACUGGUCAACUGCUGAGAACAUCAAAUCUACUGCCUAUGAUUCCGAUUCAAGUCCCACUGUCCAACUAGUGAUGGAGCCACUGCUGAGACAGGAAUCCAGCACCAGCCCUGUAAAGCUACGUCAUUCUCAUAACUUCCUGUCAUCCAGUUUGGACAGCAACGUCUACAAUGAACAAACGUCAACACACAAGCCAGGCCAGUCCUGUCUGUCUGAACUGGACUCAUCACCUGAAAGUCGAUCAAAUUUUGUCCACCCGGUCAAGCGAUUGGAAACCCCACGGAGUCUGUCACAAGCCGUGAGCAGCCCCAGCCUAGGGUUCUGCGAUCCUUACCUAGAAGCGAGUACAGGUCAUAGCACAGUUAAUGAGAGCUGCAACCAUUUGAUGGACCCCCUCAGAAAAACACUACCCAUUGUUAACCACAUUAGUAUUGAUGUAGGUACAGAUGACGGCCUGCUGGUGGGCCAGCAGAGGGGUGGGGACAUGGAGGAUGACCUUUUCUCUGAGGGAGAGGCCACCAACUGGACCUCAAAUCAUUCAGCAAAUAAUAAUAGUCUGAGUUUUGACAGUAGGCAGGCAGGCAGUGGGCAUGACGGCUAUCUGGACCUUCAGUAUACUUCUCACUCUAAUACAACUGAAUUGUGGUCUUUAACCAAGGCCACCACCAGAACCUUCAUUAGCUCCAGGUCUAUGGGCACUUUGGAUGCAGAGGGACCAGAUGCUGGUUGUAACACUGGUAGUAAACCCAUUGAAUUGGGUUCAUACAUUCACUUAUGUCACAAAGAGAUGGAGGAAGCUGGCACUCCAGUGGCAAAGAACUUAAGUGUAGGUGGCACUGAUUCACAUAUUGCUGUUAAUGCCAGAGGUACAGAGGGGGGGGUAAUGGAGGGAAAGUAUGAAAAGCAGUCGAUGCUCAAUGGGGAAAGACUGUAUUCUGAACCUAAAAUGAUACCUGAACCAAUCUAUAUUAAGUCCCCAUCUUCUUUCAAAGAACCUCAGACUGGUCAAACAGGAGCCUUUUCAGACAAGCAGAGAAGUAACAUCUGGGAUGUGGUCUCAACAGGGAUCUCCAUGGGUUUGGGAGACCACAAGCUAACUUAUCCAGAGACAUCAGACAGUAGCAGGGAGUUCGACAGUGGAGUGGGGGUAAGAGAUUCCAGCGUUAGCCUUGUUGAACUUGGCGACUACAGCGAGGAGGAAGAGGACGACAUCACAGAUAUUACAUCUGGGAUUUUUGCAGACUUUAACCUGGACUAUGCUGAGGUAGAGGAAGAAGAUAUAAGCCCAGUAAAGAAUCCAAAGGGGACUCCUGACUCUGUAGACACCCUUAACAUGUCCUCAUUAAUGGAAAGCCCCUGUGAUCAGGCCUUCAGUCCCGAUCCUUUCAAUACUCCUGUUCUGCCCAAAUCCCUGGACAGUGGUUAUGACACAGAGAAUAACGAAUCUCCAGAAUUCCUCUUCAAAGAACUGGGAGAUCCUCUGGUUGGUGAGCGAAGCCCUAGGCUGGGUGGAGAACCUGAACUAGUUUUGCAAGUUGGUUUGGGGCAAGGGAUUUGUACAUCUACAAACACCUCAGAGCUGCAGUUAAAAGGCCUGACUGAUAAGAACCCGUACAGGGACUCGGCCUAUUUUUCUGACUAUGAUGCUGAAAAUGAAAGAAGCCCUCAUGAAGAAGGCAGUAGAUUCUUUGCAGGUCCAAAUAACCAUGACUUAAGUGCUGGAAAAUUGAGUCUCACCAGAGACAAUGAUCCUCUCAAAAGGGAAUUCAAUCCUAAGGAAAAUUUAACAAGUCUGAGACACAUCAAAAGUUGUAUUUUGGUGAACCUCUCAGCGGCUGACCCUAGUUCACCCCAUCCCCUCUCCACUCCUGGGCUCUCCAUGCUCUCCCCAUUCCCUCCUGAAAUGGGUGGCUGCUUGACCAAAGAGUCCGCCCCUGCAGAUGAGGAUCUUGGGCUGGAGACUGAACAUCCAGGAGAAGAGCCUUCGUCAGAACUUAGCUCCUCAAUUGCAUCUGAAUCCUCCACGGUCCAGGAGGCCUCAGCCAGCCUCGGGGAGGGGAACAGGAGAGCAGAAAACUGUUCCCCGAUUCAGUGUCUGACGUCUGACUGCACCAUUAAUGACUGCAGAGACGAGCCCCCCAAAGAAAAUGAAAACACCGAUGGAUCCACGGAAGAAGAAGAACUUCCUGAAUUUAAUCAUAUCAAGGAGGAGACGGAGGACGGAAGGGAGGGAGUGAGAAUAAACGAGGAGGAUUUUGAGGACAUUGAUGCAGAAGAAUGUGACUCACAGGACAGCUUAUGCGAAGAAUCGAAUGGCCCCGCUGACCUCUCCUCAUCUUCAUCAUUAUUAGAGCUGUGUGGAGAAGAUGUAAGAGCUCCACUUGAGGAGGCAGAGGAUGAGGAUGACUCCGAUGACAGCGAGUCUGAUGAGGAGCUGAGGACGUACAACAUCCAGGAUGAGGACAGCGAAGACAGCGAGGAGGAUUUCAGCGCCGUGCCGGUGGUGGUGAGCGACUGCAGCCGGGCCAGACACCUGCGCAGCCUCCUGAAGAUGCCCACCCUGCUGACCCAGUCCUUCUGCGAUGAGAUGGAGAGGAAGAAAAAAGCCGUGUCUUUUUUCGACGACGUCACAGUGUUCCUCUUUGACCAGGAGAGCCCCACAGGAGAACUGGCUGAUUACACCUUCUCCACAGGAGCUGAGUGCAGUGUACAGGAGUCUUCAGAAGAAAAAACAUCUGAUCACCAGCCACAACCUGACAAUGACACUGACGCUCAGUCCUGUCUCGAAGAUUGUGUUUCUGAAAACGAGGAGAACAACUCGGAAAAGGGUGGAGGCUGUGACUGUGAAGAUGACGCCACAUUUGAGGCCCGUCCCUGCUCACCUGACACCAACCCCAACCCCAACCCCAACCCUGAGCCCCAGUCCUCAUCCACAUCCACCUCCAAGAGUCUGGAGGCCCCUAAACCUGCAGCUGUAGCACUUAAUCGUUUUAUCGUGUCCCGGUUCUCUAUCACACAUGUCUCUGACACCAGUGUGGGCUCAGCAACAGAAAACAGUGAAGAUGGUCCAAAAGACUGAGUGAUCCACGACCCUGACCGGAGAAGAGUGAGUCCAGGUCCUUCUCAACACAGAAAAGCAGCAUUAUUAUAUCUAAAUGUUUUACAGAGUUUUAUUUUUAUUGACAUCUGGGGCGUCUGACCCCGGUGACCCUUUAUGAGACAGUGCCUCAUAUUGUAGUGAAACCCCCUUGAUGAUUUGCACAUUUAGUUCUUUUUUUUUAAUUUCAGAAAGCAAGCGAUUGCUGCAGGUUUGGCAAGUUGAUUAAGACAACUGCAACACGGAUAAGAAAUCAGAGCCUAUUGUUUGCCGGAUGCGUUGUAGUUUUAGUAAUCAACCGUGACACAUUUGUUCAAUACAAAAUCAGUUGAGUUUAAUUUGUGAAUUAAAAAAAAAAAAAAAAAAAAAAAAAAAAAAAAAAAAAAAAAAAAAAACAAGAGAAAAAUAAUCGACAGACUUCAUAGCUGCUCCUCUCAUUGGCUGCCUUUGCUCAUCAGCUUUUCAUUUCAUCUGGCAUUUUUAAAGACUGUCUGAGCUCUCGGAGCCAGAGAACAGCGCUUGAUAAUGAUGUAAAAGUAAUUAGUGUUAGAAAAUAGAGACGGUGAAAACUUACGAAGUUGAGUGAAGUCUGAAAAGGCCAAAUGAUGCGGACAGCGGGACUCAUAUGGGGUUCAGUGUUACGAUACAGAAACGCAAUGUGUCACCACCUUAAACAUUACCUCCUCACUCUGGAAAAUGAUUUACUGUGUGUGUGCUGUUACUGUGACACAUUGUAUAGCCAAACUGGAUCUUUAUUUGUGGAUGUUUUGGCCCCGUUGCUCAACAUCUCCCCAUCCUGGAAUGAAAUAUCAGAACACACGGGGGAAAAAAAAUCAAAAUCUUACCAAAUGUAUUUUUCCUCAUUUCUAGU